GAUGCUAAUGACAAUUAUCGGAAUUUGCAUAGGGCUUAUGGCUUUUUUACUUAAGCAAAUAUUAGCCGUUCUGGGCGACGCCAAGUGGACAAAGGCACGUCAAUUAGUAACGGAAAGCCUUCUUAAAAGUUGGGGAUGGACGGCAGGUAUUAGUGUUAUCUUUGUUCUACUCAGUUCCAUCCUAGUUGUUUUUGUUCAUCCACCUGCUGGAGGCAGUGGCGUUCCAGAAACCAUCACUUUCCUUAAUGGAAUUGUUAUUCAUCAAACGUUAUCUCUCCGUAAUUUCAUUGUGAAAUUCGCUUCCGUCGUCUUUGCAGUGUCCAGUGGACUACCAAGUUCAAUUCAAGGUCCAAUAAUUUCGUUAGGAGGAAUCGUUGGUUCCGGAGUAGGUCAAUUUCAAUCAAAGUCUUUAGGCUUUCAACCAAAAUGCUUUUCGAGAUUUCGAAAUGCCGAAGAUCGUCGAACAUUUACAACAGCUGGAGUUGCCGCAGGCGUAGCCGCAGCUUUCAAUGCUCCUAUCGGAGGUCUUCUCUUCGCAAUGGAGGAUUUAUCUUCUCAUUGGAAUAGGAAAUUAUCUUGGCAAACGUUCUUUUGUUGUUGUAUCUCCGUAUCGGUUGCGAAUUCUUUCAAUUCGGCAUUCGAUAGAUUCAAAUGGCAAGGCAGUUUUGGACUGUUUAGCCUAUGGGUUGCCGAACCAACUCAAGUGAACAUUCUCCUGCUGAUUCCAGCCAUUAUUCUCGGAUUGAUAGGAGGAGUUCUAGGCGCAAUAUUCACAAGACUAAAUGUCGCUAUAAUAGAAUUACGAAAAUUUCUAUUCGGGAAGAUAAAAAACUUGAAUUUACAAAGAUUAGUACAGAUAAUCGAGCCUUGCAUCAUAGUGUUAAUCAUGACAAUAUUUGUGAUUCUGAUGCCUUCCGCCUUUAAAUGUACGCAAAAUAGUGGUCUGGACCAGAAUGAAACCAGUAUCUUAGCUCGCCAGUGUAACUUAACAGUGUCUGGGGCUCUCUAUGGAAGAGCUUUUGGUCUUGCAAUCUUAGAUAUUUAUACCUCUCGGACCGGCCAUCAAUAUCCGAUAGAUUCUUAUUGGGAAUGGAUCGACCCAGGAGCGAUAGCCAUGCUUGGAGCGGGAAGUCUUCUCGGUGGUGUCACUAGACUAUGUCUCGCCGUUACCAUGAUUAUUGUUGAAAUGUCACAAGACAUCGACUUUGUAAUUCCAGUUAUGAUUAGCAUUUGGUCCGCCAAGGUUGUCGCCGAUCAACUAGCUUUACCUUUGUAUAAAUUCAUGUUGAAUAUUAAAUCUCUGCCAUAUUUGGACGCUGAAGCCGAAGUAGUAAUUGACAAUGAAAUAGUCAACUUGGAAUUGUACAAGGCAAGCCACAUUAUGGCGUCGUCUCCAAAAACCAUUCAUAGCGUUGAAUCGCUGAGUACAUUGGCAAGGCUACUGUUGGGAACAAAGCACGGAGGAUUUCCAGUUGUGAAAUAUGACGAAGUAACUAAAACCGAUAUUUGUUACGGACUGAUAACGAGGAAUGAAUUGUACAUCGUUAUGUGUUGCGAUGACGUCUACAACGAGGAGCAGAUAGGCAAAACUGUCACUCCAACAAUCGAAUGGGAGAAGAUAUCGGUGGAUUAUCUAACUGAUCCUUCGGCUAUGGAAGAAAGGGUAAGAACUUAUACGAAAUUCGACCAAUAUAGAAACAUCUACGUAAAUUUGGAACAAUUCAUUGACAAAAGUUGUACGAAAGUUGAUCAAGAAUACUCUGUGCAUAGAGUUUAUACUCUGUUUAGGACAUUGGGGCUUCGGCAUUUGGUAGUCAUAGAUUGUUGGAAUAGUGUUGUUGGAAUUAUAACUCGUAAAGAUUUAAUGAAUUAUCACUUAAAUGAGAGAUUGAGCCUCGUUGAGAGUAGUUGGAAAGUGGAAGAACAAAUAACUAACACUAGUAACGAAGAUAAAGGAGACAAUUCUGCCUACCAAAUCCUUCCUGCUGUAACAAUUUCAAGAAUAGAGGAAGAAACUGAGGAGACUUCUAGAAAAAAUACGAUAUCCUCAGUCGAUGAAGAGGCUGAUGGAAAGGACAGGAAAGACGAAAAUGGCAAUGCAAAGAGUCCCGCUAAAGAGGGGGAAAUGAAGGAAAGUUUUCAAGUCGUAACAGAGGUUAAAAUGAGAAGCAAUAAUAGAGCUAAAGGAAAUGAAGAAGCGGUUAGUGACGAAAGAGAAAAAAGUGAUAGCUAG